GACGUGAGUAGAUUUUCUUGCAAACAACGGGCGGACAUCUUUGAUGCGGUAUCCAGAUCUUAUAAAUCUUCGAUUUGCGUGACAUAUUGAUUCAUUUUGUUAGCUAGGUAGCUAGCUAAGCUAACUAAUCACUACGCAUAUUAGAUUGCAGUAAAAUCACAUGCCCUAGUCUUUUUUGAAAUCAUAACAUAGUAAUGUCUGGAAGCGCAGGAGAAUGGUGUCUUAUGGAAAGUGAUCCUGGUGUUUUCACAGAAUUGAUCAAAGGUUUUGGUUGUAAAGGAGCUCAGGUGGAAGAAAUCUGGAGUAUGGAACCCGAGAAUUUUGAAAACCUCAAACCAGUUCAUGGGUUGAUCUUCCUGUUCAAGUGGCAACCAGGUGAGGAGCCGGGAGGAUCUAUCGUUCAGGAUUCAAGGCUUGACAACAUCUUCUUUGCCAAGCAGGUUGUCAUUUAUUGAGAUGACUCAUGUACUGGAGGCAGCUCUGGAGAGUGGUCACUAGCUGGCACAGCUGCAAAGUUAUAAAGAACGAUUUUUAAACCUAACCUUAACCACACUGCUAAGCCUAAUGCCAAACCUUAAGUUUAAUUCCAAAAAGCACAUUUUUGUUUAGAAUUUUUACAACCUAGCCAAUAUUGUCUCUGCAGCUGGCCCAUUCAGUGGAAACUGCUCAGUUCUUCCUCUAGGGAAAGACUCAUGGCAAAUGUAAAUAACCUGCUGUCAACCUGCUAUGUGUGCUUUUUCAGGUGAUAAACAAUGCAUGUGCUACCCAGGCCAUUGUGAGCGUGCUGCUGAACUGUACCCACUCUGACAUGCUGUUGGGAGAGACACUCACAGAGUUCAGAGAGUUUUCACUCAGCUUUGAUGCAGCUAUGAAAGGUCUGGCUCUCAGCAACUCUGAAGUUAUUCGACAAGUUCACAACAGCUUUGCCAGACAGCAGAUGUUUGAGUUUGACGCCAAGUCUUCUGCAAAGGAUGAGGAUGCGUUCCACUUUGUGAGCUACGUCCCUGUCAACGGCAGGCUCUAUGAGCUGGACGGCCUACGUGAAGGACCCAUCGACCUCGGUGUGUGCAACCAGGACGAUUGGAUCAACGCAGUUCGGCCAGUGAUUGAGAAAAGAAUACAGAAGUACAGUGAGGGAGAGAUCCGCUUCAACCUGAUGGCCAUUGUGUCCGACAGGAAGAUGAUUUACGAGAGGAAGAUAUCCGAACUGCAGAUCCAGCUAACAGAGGAAGAGCCAAUGGACACAGACCAGAGCAGCACCCUCCUCAGCUCCCUCCAAUCAGAAAUUGCAAAGUAUCAGCUGCUGAUCGAUGAGGAGAAUCAGAAGCUCCAACGAUACAAGAUCGAAAACAUCCGACGAAAGCACAACUACCUACCCUUCAUCAUGGAACUGCUGAAGACACUGGCUGAAUACCAGCAGUUGAUACCAUUGGUGGAAAAGGCAAAAGAGAAGCAGAGUGCCAAAAAAGUCCAGGAAGCAAAGUGACCCCACAAACACACGCACUUGUCAGUCAUCUUAUUCAUGUGAAAGGUCAUGGACCCUCUCCCCACAAUUGUAUCCUGUGAAACCCCCCUGCCCCUGCCAGACAUGAGCACAUGUGGUGGGACAGAACUGUGUUCACUGUCCCACCCAGGUCUACCCUUCAGCUGUAAUGCAUGCCUGGAAAGAUAUGUUUAAAUGGGCUUGUCUUAUUUUCAUAAUAAAAUGUUUAGAUGUUUGAACAUGCUGUAGUUUUAUUGUUAAAUGCAUUUCAUCAUUGUGGCCUACAUGGUCAAGUGUGUCGUUUUGAAUAGUUGUUGGGUAGCCUAGCGGUUAGACCAUUGGGCCAGUAACUGAAAGGUUGCUAGUUUGAAUCCCUGAACUGACUAGGUAAAUCUGUCAAUCUGCCCUUGAGCAAGACACUUAACCCUAAUUGCUCCAGAGUUGCCGUCAAUACUGUCUGAUCCCUGGCCACGACUUAACCAUCGGAGUGCACAUGUUUGAAACAUGACAAAUAUAAGCGCCCCCUAUCUUUAGAUAAACAAGUGCCACUAGGUCUUAAACAGUGGUGUAAAAAUACUAGUUCUUUUUGGGGGUAUCUGUACUUUUACUAUUUUAUAUUUUUGACAACUACAUUCUCUUGACACCAAAAAGUACUUUUGGGUGUCAUUUUGAAUGCUUAGCAGGAUUGUGAAAUGGUCCAUUUCAUACACUUAUCCAGAGAACAUCCCUGGUCAUCCUUACUGCCUCUGCUCUGGGGGACUCACGAAACACAAAUGCUUUAUUUGUAAAUUAUGUCUGAGUAUUGGAAUGUGACCCUGGCUUUGUGUAAAUUAAAAAAACAAGAAUUGUG